CCCUCCUCUAAUCCCCUAGGCUUUGAUUUGAUCCUCUGCGAGGAACAAGCUCAACCCGUCUGCCCCGUAGCCAGUUGUCCCCGGCCCUCGCAGGUGCCCACGGAACCGGUCCUCUUCGUCCACCCCCAGGAGGUCAGAGCCCUCACCUCGCACUGCCGGGCCACCCGGGGUCGGGGGCCGCACCCGCACAUCUGGACCAUCAGAGAUCCAGCAUCCCGCUGUACACGUGACAGCAAGGCCCUUCCAGGUGAUGGGUGUGCGGCCACCGCCGCCCCUGGCGCGCAGGUGUGAGCGCCCCAAAUUGUGCGGGGGAGGGGGCUUUAGGCAACGCGCUGGCAGCCUCCGCAGCCGCUGACACCGAGCCCAGCAAUCCCCGGAAGGCUCCAAAUUCCGAGUCCGCCGCUACUGGAGGUUUCUGGAAAUUGUCCCCAGACCGAAUUUUUUCUGAGAGGGACACACGCGGACCUGGAUGAAGAAGCCUUGGGUUUUAAGCUAAGCAGGCAAAAAUGGGCCUUUGCUAGGGGCUGUGCGGGUCUCGCAGGGGACUUGGGGGUUCCAUGUCCCGGGAUGCCUCCAGAGGCGCCCGGCUGGCUCUAUUCCCUGCCCGGCCGCAUCCCGCCCUGGGCAUCAUGAGUUACUUCCUGUCCUACUGCAAAGCUCAUGGCGGCGCGCUGCUCACUGGCUACCAGACCCUCCGCGCCGAGGGCUUUUUGUGCGACGUGACACUGGAGGCCCAGGGCAGCGAGUUCCCGGCGCACAGGUCGCUCCUAGCGUGCUCCAGCGACUACUUCAGGGCUCUGUUCAAGAGCCACACCCGGGAAUCCCGGGCGCGUGUGAUCCACCUGCACGUACCGUCGGCGGCCGGCCUGCAGCGCCUGCUGGACUUCAUCUACACUGCCUGGCUGCCCCUGUCCAUGGACACUGUGGAGGACACGUUGGAGGCGGCCAGCUACCUGCAAGUCACCGAGGCCUUGGGGCUGUGUGGCCGCUACUUGGAGCGGCAGUUGGCCCCAGAGAACUGCUGCUUUACCGCCAACGUGGCGGCGCGCUUUGGCCUGGUGCACACGUUGGGUGCGGCUGAGCGCUGCGUCGUGCGUCACCUGUGGCAGCUGCUGGUGACGGGCGCGGGUCCCACGGGGCUGCUGGAACUCAACCCUGCGUCCCUGAAGGCCGUGUUGAGUGCCCCCGACGUGGCGCGAGUGUCUGAGGCCCGGCUGCUGGGCCUGGCGCUGACCUGGCUGCGGCAGGAGCCCGCGGCCGAGCGCCUGGCACACAGCGCGGCGCUUCUGGGUUGUAUCCGCUUUGGCCUGGUGCCAGCCCACGUGCUGCGGCGCGUGUACUCGGGUUCGGGCCUCAUGCUACCUGCUCGGAUCAAGGGCCUCAUCAUCCAGGCCCUCAACUACCACACAGCACCCUCCCGCCAGCCGCUCAUGCAGAGUGAACAGACCAGCAUCCGGAGCCCCCAGACCCGCAUCUUGCUGAUUGGGGGGCUCCGGGCGCGGGAGGCAAUUACCGAGGAGGUUGUGGUCCCGCAGGCAGCAGCCAGGGACCGGCGCGCCGCGGCCGAGCCCGAGGAAGAGGAGGAGGAGGAAGAGAUGGAGGAGGAGGAGGAGGAAAAGGAGUGGGAGCUCACCCAGGACGUGGUGUCCUUCGAUGUGUACAACCACCGCUGGCGCAGCCUCACGCAGCUGCCCGCACCGCUGCUUGGGCACUGCGUGUGUACCGCGGGUAACUUCCUGUUUGUCCUGGGUGGGGAGAGUCCUUCAGGCAGCGACUCCACACCCCUGGCCGACAGCCCACGGGCAGUCACGGCCCAUGUGCACCGUUAUGACCCGCGCUUCCACGCUUGGACAGAGGUGCCCGCCAUGCGAGAAGCGCGGGCCUACUUCUGGUGUGGUGCGGUGGGCGACAGCCUCCUGGCCGUCGGGGGCCUGGGCUCUGGUGGUGAGGCACUGGCCUCUGUGGAGAUAUAUGACCUGAGAAGGGACCGCUGGACGGAAGCCGGGGCACUGCCACGGCCGCUGCACGGCCACGCGGGGGCCGUCGGGGACCAUGGUGUCGUGUACAUCUCUGGGGGCAAGGAGGGGAGAGGUGAGGGUGGCGCGAGUAGCCUCCGGGACUUGUAUGCUCUGGACCCCGGGGAGAGGGUGUGGAGCAAGAGAGCGCCCAUGGGUACCGCCCGUUUUGGGCAUCACCUUGCGGUGCUGCAAGGGGCGGUGUUUGCGUUUCUGGGACAAUAUGAGCCCUUCUCCGAGAUCGAGCGCUAUGACCCUGGCACCGACCAGUGGACUCGGUUGCGGCCGCUACCCUAUGAUCGCUUCUGCUAUGGGCUGGCAGUGGUGGAAGAGACGGUGCUACUGCUGGGGGGUCUCAAGUGGCGGGAAUCACGCCAAGUGCCCACCUGUAACGUGGUGGGCUACGAUCUCGACCUGGACCACUGGGAAGACAUCAGCUGCGUGCUCCCCUGGGCCUGGAGUGGCCUACAGUGCGCUGUGCUGCAGCUGGCUGAGGGUGGGGAUGAGGAGAGGGAGGGACAGCCUGGAGAGGUGCUAGAUUUAGUGCUGAGUUGAAUGGGUGAGUCCAGCCUCCAGCAGAGGGAAGAGAAAGCCCUGCUAGAGGAGUGGGGCUCUGGUAGCAGAAGGGCUUUUGAGGUAAGAAGGGAAAUGAGGGCUUGGCCAAAGAGAACCCCCGCCCCUCCCCCACCUUGACCUGAGACUGGGAGACAGGAUAUAUUAAAUAGUAGGAUAUGUGAUGAGCUUCAGUGAGCUAAAAACUUUUGUAGAAAGACUCAUGCUGGGCUAGAAAUGGAUUUUUGAAAAUAAAAUAUGACCUAAUGUCCCUUCUUAUAGGUAAAGUGUUUCCCUAGGUGUCAAACUAGUGACUACUUCUGUGCCAAAAAAAAAAAAG